AUGUCAUUCGAUUCCAAGUAUCAAGCAAAAGAAAUAAUAGGACGUGGCAAUUUCGGUAUCAAUUAUUUACUCCAUAAUGUAUUACAACAAAUUUGCAUAAAUUUUGCAUUAAAAAUCAUGCUAUUUUAAAAUAAAAUAUUUUGCAUAAAAUCAAUCAAAUCUAAAUUAAAUAAGAAUUAUUCCAAUAAAAAAUCUGUUUUUUUCAUCGUAUAAAGUUAGGAAUCGCUCAAAUUGUAGUUAAAAAAGCCACAAACGAAACAUUUAUUGGGAAAAAAAUUAUUUUAGCCUCUUUAAGCGAAAAAGAAAUCCAAGCAGCCUAUCAAGAAGCUCAAGUCUUAAAAAAUCUCGACCAUCCUAACAUUGUGCAUUACAUUGAGUCUUUUAUAGAAAAUAACGAACUUAUCAUUAUCAUGGAAUAUUGCCAAGGCGGCGAUUUAUCCCAAAGGAUUAAAAAACAAAAAGAAUCUCGGUCCUUUUUUACAGAAUCCCAAAUCUGCCAAUGAUUCGUACAGCUUUCUUGUGCUUUACAGUAUUUACAUAAGAAAAAAAUCCUCCACAGGGACAUAAAAUCAUCAAAUGUGUAUUUAACAAAGGACGGGUGAAUAAAAUUAGGUGACUUUGGGAUCUCGAAAGUCCUAGAAAAUACAAAUGACCACGCAAGCACUGUUGUCGGGACACCUUACUAUAUGAGCCCAGAGGUAUGCGAAAACAGGCCAUAUACAAAUAAAAGCGAUAUUUGGGCCCUUGGAUGCUUAUUAUACGAAAUGUGUACGCUAAAGCAUCCUUUUUUGGCAAAUAAUCUGUUAGGAUUAAUCAUGAAAAUUUUAAGGGAGUCUCCAGAUCCUAUAAGCGGGGAUUAUAAUAAAGAAAUAGGUGAUGCAAUAAAAAUGAUGCUGGUAAAAGACAUGAAUGCUCGGUCUAGUGUAGCUUCUGUGCUAAACCUGCCUAUUUUUUCAAGCUAUUUGCAGCAGUAUAAUAAGGUGAUUGCUGAUACAAGUAACAAUAAAAAAGCCCCGGAUUCGCCGUUAUCUAAUGAUAGGCCGGAAACUCCUAGCGAAAGGUUAAGGAGAAAAAAGAGGGAAGAAGCCGACCAAAGGGCUAAAAUUUUAUCUGAAGCUGCAAGAGAGUCACAUAGAGAUUCAACUAUUAGAAAAUUGCAAAGAAAAAGCUUAUUUGAGCCUAGUGAUUCUUUUGACCCUUAUGAGGUUUCGAAUACCCCACUCGUCGAAUUUGAGAUUUCUGCUUCGGUUACCAAUACUCCUUCUACAGACUAUACAACAGAUCGCCCUACAAUGAGACUUUCAGAUUACAACCCUUUAGAUAUGAUUAAUAACGACACAAACUACUACACGGUGCAUGAAGAAACUUGCGAUAUCCCUGAGGACACAGAAAUUUUCACAUAUUCCCUAGACACAAUUGUACUAUUUGACCCUGAUAAUUUUUCUCAAGAUUUAUCCUUUUUUAAUUAUUUUUAAAAAAAAAUAAAAUACCAGUAAAAAUUUAAAAAUUCAUUAAAAAUUGCUAUAAAAAUUUCUUGUCCUGAAAUAAAAGAAGAAGUAGAAGAGGAAAACGAAUAUGAGUAUGAGGACGAUUUUGAGAGCUGCAGUGAAGAUAGCUAUGAUAGUGAUCAGCCUUAUGAAGAUUUCGAAGAAGACACAAGUGAAGGGGUAACAAAAAAUAUUGGCAUGAAUACUUCAAAAAAUAAUUAUAGAAGCAAAGCUAUUGAUGUACUGGGAAAAGAAAAUUUCGAAAAAAUUUAUGAAUAUUUGAAGAGACAGAGACAACUGAAAACGCCUGAUGAUAUUGUAAAAGAUAUGUAGAUUUGGAACGAAUUGGAAAAAAUUGUGGGAAGAAAGGCCGCGAAUAACUUCUUUUUAGUUGAUCAGGUGAUUUAUAAUGAGCAUGAUAUCUAA